AUAACCAAGUGAGGUUUCAUCCUCCUCAAAGGCAAGGGCUCUAGGCAGAGUCCAGCAGCAGGGGCAGGAGAUGGAGAAGUUUCGCACCUUGUUUGAUUUCUUCCUCAGGCACCAGAAGGUGCUCCGUUACAGCGCCUUGUCCCUGCUGACUGCAGGCAGCGAGCGUCUCUUCUCAGCCGUGGCAUUCCAGUGCCCCUGCAACUCCUGGAACCUGCUCUACGGCUCUGUCUUCCUGCUGGUGCCUGCCCUGAUCCUCUUCCUUCUUGGCUACCUGCUGAACGCCAGGACCUGGCGGCUGUUCACCAGCCGCUGUGCCCCAGGCAGGCGUUGCAGCUGCAUCCAUAGGAAGCACUGCCGGCGCUAUGUCAGUGUGUUCUGGCUGGUGACGGUGAGCGCUGCUGUGGCCCCGUUCACCUGGAUCGCCGUGGCCCUGCUUGGGGCCAACUUCUAUGAGUGCGCAGCAAGUGGGAGCAGCCUGUUGCAGAGGCACCUGUGCCAAGGCAGAGGGACCCAGUGCCAUGAGCAGGUGGCCAAAAUGCCCUGCGGUGGGAAUCUCUCCCAAGAGGCAAAGAUAUCUGUGAGCUUUCGUGCUCAGUCCCAGGUGCUAGGAUGGAUACUGAUAGCAAGCAUCGUGAUUCUAGUACUGGCUGUCACAUGCAUCAACCACUGUCAUUCUCCAGUCAGUUUUCUUCAGCUGAAGUUCUGGAAAAUCUACUUGGAAAAGGAACGGGAGGUUUUUGAGAAGAAGGCCAAGGAGCAUGCAACCAAGCUGGCAGAAAGGAACCUGAAGUGCUUCUUUGAGUCCACUAAGCCAGAACCAUUUCAGACUCCCAGCAACAAAGACUGGCAGCAGAUCUCAUCCUUGUAUGCUUUCAAUACUAAAGGACAGUAUUACAGCAUGAUACACAAAUAUAUUAGUGGAAACAGAGACACCAGCAUCAAAUCUACUAAAGAGGAUGUGUUUUCUCCUGCUCUAGGAUUUGUGGAUGGCACUGAUUUUAAUGAAAUGGGGACAAUGUAAUGAAAUAAAGAAAUUCUAUUUUUGUAGCAUGGACAGUUACAUAAUUAUGGCCAUAUAAAAAGGGUCUCGUUCUAUGCACUGAUCUCUUAUUGACAUCAAUGAGAGCUAUGUGCAAAGUCUUCAGGAGAAGAUGGCCCAUAAAGUUUGCAGCAUUAUUUUUAAUGAAUUUUGUUACUUUUACUUAAGUGCCUUUAGUAAAAUACAUAUUUCUGGAUGGCAGUUUUACAAUAUUUUUGCCCCCUUAACUCUUUCAAGUUACGAUGUUAAAUAGCUUAAAUGCCAACACCAAAAAGAAGUAUAUGUGCUGUUUUGAAAUGCUAUAAAGCACCUGCUAGAAAUAUACAUUAGCUAACCUGUCAGCUCAGAACGUUUGGCAAUUAGAGUUGCAAAACCAGACUUUUACUCUUGGCGUUGCUUGCCCAUCAAAAACAAUAAUACUGUAUAUUUUUUUAAUUUAAGAAGUAGCUUUCUAGGCUUUGAGCCAUAAGCAAGUUCCCCACAAGCGUGCAGAGAAAGAGGGAAUGUUGCGUGUAUCUUUGUAUCAUUGAGCUGAUGCAUUCUGAUGAAUCACUGUUGAGAAGCUUGCUGUUAGCACUGAAACAGAGGAUGUGAAGCAACAGUCAAAAAAGCUCACGGAAUGUUAGGAGCCAUUAGGAAAGCAAUAGAUCAGGGGUCGGCAACCUUUCAGAAGUGGUGUGCCAAGUCUUCAUUUAUUCACUCUAAUUUAAGGUUCCGCGUGCCAGUAAUACAUUUUAAUGUUUUUAGAAGGUCUCUCUCUAUAAGUCUGUGUUAUGUAACUAAACUACUGUUGUAUGUAAAGUAAACAAGGUUUUUAAAAUGUUUAAGAAGCUUCGUUUAACAUUAAAUUAAAAUGCAGAUCUUAUCAGUUUAGUGCUGUGGUUCUUAACCUAGGGUGCACGCGAGAUGCCCUUUCUGGGGGUGCGAGACAUAGGAGAUUUUUUUAGAAGGGAAAUCAUCGAAGACACAAAUUAAGCAGAGGCACAU